AUGAAGAUUUAUGAAAACACAGUCCAUGACAACAUUACUGUAGACGGUCAAACAUGGAGUCAGUCAUUGGAAGAUGGGAAUACAACCAAAGAUUACGAAGCAGUAGAUUUGGAACUAAAGAAAGAAGUUUCAACAAGAACCCUUGAGUUAGAUGAAUUAAUGGUGAAGACAACAGCUAAGAGAAGGACACACCCUGCCAAGGUUUCUCAUGAGGUCACUAAGCGUAUGAAGCAUUUAAGAUAUGCUGUGGAAAAAUACAAACCAGUGAUACAGCCAGUACAGAUAAAAGAUAAAGAGCUGCCUAAGCAAGUUCUUGAUGAGGAAUCCAAGCGACUUCAGGAAGCAGGAUGUGACAUAUCUGCUAUAUCACGGGAUCUGCCAUUGUUGGAGGAUAAGGCAUCUCGAUUGAUUGAAGCAAGACAGCUGAGGUCAUCAAUGAAGAGUAACCGAAUCUAUAAGGUCAUCUCACAACCUCUGACGGAUGAAAGCAAGAUGGCUGCCUCCUUAACACCUCUACAGCACAGACUAGCCAAUGAGACACCGUCCCCAAUAAAGCCAACACCCAGACACAGUUUACGAGCCCUCAAGGUCCAAAGCCAUCCAAUUAAUAACAAUUUCAAAGUUGAAGAUUCUGACAAACCAACCUGAAAUAACUUCUCUGAAUGUGAACUUCAUGUAAUACAGGGAAUCCCAUUCAAGAAGGGCCAUGAGAAAUUUGUUUUUUGCCUGGUUUUUGAUAUAUCAGGUGUUUUAGAUCAUAGGAUAUAAAGAACUAGGGUGGUAUUCUGAGGUGAUUUCAUCUCUAGAAAUAUCUUAUUUUACUUUUAGAAUUAAAUUGGUAUUCUGAGAUCACAUUUUAUCUCUGAGAUUUUUUAACUUAGAUAAAUUUUGAUCUUGCGUAUUUAAGGAUGAUACGCAGCAGAACAGUGCCUGCAUAGACAUGCAUUGUGUAUCUAAUCAAAGCUACGCAGGUUAUGUGCUUGCACCCAUGUUACUUUGAAGAAACAAUAAAAUCACCUUAAAAUAUGGUGGGGGCUAUAUUAUCUCUGCGACAUCCAUUUCAUCAAUAUUUCUAUGCUAAUUAGCCCCAGAUGUUGAAAUGAAAAUGAAGAAAAAUAAUAUUAUUUAGAGUAAUACCGUUACAUUCGUGUAGAAAGAGGAAUCAUUUCAUGAUACUUUUCUCGACUAAUAUUGUCUUCGAAAUGUUGCUUGUAAUGAUGUGAUAUUCACAUUUUUAAAAAUGAGUAUUGUCAUUAUUUUUAAAGAAAUCUCUGUAAAGGCGCUAGCAUGUAGUGCAAACGCAUAUGAAUUUAAUAAACUGAUGCAAUCUCGCUCCUUUGCCACACCUGAGGAAUGGAUUCUCAUUAAAUAGGUGUGUCUUACAGAGAUAAUGUUAUGUUGUUUGAUUGCUGCACAUUUACUUUCAACCAGUCAUGUAAUAAAGGCACAAGAGGAGAUGAAGAAAAUAGUUCAAAAUAUUUAUUGAGUAUAAACCCAAUCUGUAAACUCAGAAGUUCAGAAAUUAGCCUUUUUAGAAUUUUAGGGGAAACUCCCUUCUUGACCCCUUCGUGGAGAUCUGCCUCUUGAGCCGCCUAGGGCUCAGUCCCCCCCCCCUUUUUUUUACUCCCGGACAUUUCUUAAUGUUCCCAGGUAUGGCUUUGUUACUAAAAAGCCCAUUAACCUUGAAGUGUGAGAAAUUAUUUGAUUUGUACAAUUUUUUUUUUGAUGAGUUUUUGUAAAAUAUUCAACAUUAUCAUCAUUAAUUAUAAAUUUAUCGUGACUAUUUUUAAUUGCAAAGUAGAUUUAUUUUGUAGUCAAAAUAUGUAUAUUUGAUUCUCUGUGAUGCUUUUUCCUUUUUUUUUUGCAUAAAAUUUGAUGUCCAUAUAUGAACAACCUUUUGAAAAUAUUUUCUUUUUUUUUUAUCGCAAUUUAAGCAGUAUAUGCAUGAUAGGGGUUUACUCAACAAUGUUCUAACAAACAUUCAACAUGAAAGUAAUGUAUAUUGAGCAUAGGGUUGAAUGAACACUAAUAUCAUGAGUAGAAGGAAUUGGAUUUCAGCCUUUUUUUCUCUCUAGCAAAAACCAUUUUCAGAUUUUUAAUUUCACUAAAAAUUAUUGGAGGUUACUAUGAAAUAAUUUUGUUUUUUUAUCAAACUUCUAGCCCUUUGUAGGAGUCGAUUUAUUUUUUGAAAUGAUUAAA